CCUUCCCAACGUUUUACCUAAACCACCUAAACCUUUAAAGAUAACUUUUAAUGAUAAAUACAGAUAUUACCAAAAUGUUUGCACCAUAAGUUAUUCCUCUGUAUGGUGGACAUGGAAACGGUGGGAAAAAGAAGUAGAUUGGAUGGCGUUGAAUGGAAUAAAUUUGCCACUCGCUUUUACGGCUCAAGAAGCAAUAACUGAAAAGGUUUUCAAAAUGCUAAAUUUUACACAAAAUGAUAUCGACGCUUUCUUCACUGGACCAGCUUUCUUGGCCUGGAACAGAAUGGGAAAUGUGCAAUCUUGGGCUGGUCCACUUUCUGAAAACUGGCAUAAAGUUCAAGUUAAGUUACAGCACCAAAUUUUAGACCGGAUGCGCUCAUUUGGAAUGACAACAGUUCUGCCAGCUUUUAGUGGUCGAGUGGUUCCCUCUUUCAGCAGGCUAUAUCCAAAUGCAUCAAUUACAUCUUUGGGCAACUCUUGGGGACAUUUUCUGCCACCAUUUUCAAAUGUCAGUUUCCUUGAGCCGACAGAUCCUUUGUUUCAAGAAAUUGGAGGAUUAUUUCUCAAAGAAUACAUUAAGGAGUUUGGAACUGAUCAUGUUUAUAACGCUGAUCUCUUCAAUGAAAUGCCGCCUCCAUCAAAUGAUCCGAACUACUUGAAGGCAUGUUCAAAAUCAGUUUAUAGCUCACUCACUAAAAUAGAUCCAGAUGCUAUUUGGUUAACACAGGGUUGGAUGUUUUACUCUGAUCCGGAUAUCUGGAAGGAACCACAAGCUAAGGCGUUCUUAGAAGGCGUACCUAUAGGAAAAAUGAUUGUUCUAGAUCUUCAGUCGGAGUUAUAUCCUCAAUACCAUCGUCUUCAAUCAUAUUAUGGGCAACCAUUUAUUUGGUGUAUGCUGCAUAACUACGGUGGCGUCAUAGGACUUUAUGGAUCGAUGGAGAGCAUAAAUAUGGGUCCUUUUGACGGAAGGACAAUCAAUAACAGUACAAUGGUUGGAACUGGCAUAACACCCGAAGGAAUUGAAACCAAUGAUGCUGUUUACGAACUAAUGAAUGAAAUAGCCUGGCGUAAAGCUCCAGCAAACCUUGAUGAAUGGUUAAAACAAUAUACUACUCGAAGAUAUGGUCAUUUUUCUUCGAACUUACUUGAAGCAUGGAAGUACUUAAAAAAAAGUGUGUACAACGCCACUGUACCAUAUAGAAAUCAUGGUAAAUAUAUUCUGAUUCAAAGACCUUCUUUAAAGCUGAAACCUUACGUUUGGUACGAUCCUAAAGAUGUAUUUGCAGCUUGGAGACUAUUUGUUAAUGCUUCUGAAGAACUGGUUAUAUCGAAACAAAAACUCUUCAGGCACGACUUAGUUGAUGUAACUCGUCAAAGCAUGCAACUUGUUAUGGAUUUCCUUUAUUCUAAAUACGUGCAAGCUUUUAGACAAAAGAACAUACGAAAAACCAGAAAAACAUCACAAAUUAUUCUUAAGUUUUAUAACGACACAAAUGAUUUGUUACUGUCAGAUGAAGGUUUCCUUUUAGGAAAGUGGUUAGAUGCUGCAAAAAGCUUCGCUAGAACUCCUGAAGAAAGAAGACAGUAUGAAUACAAUGCGAGGAAUCAAAUAACACUCUGGGGACCUACAGGUCAGAUACUUGAUUAUGCAAAUAAGCAAUGGGCUGGUCUCAUUACAGCAUAUUAUCAGCAGAGAUGGAAAUUGUUUUUUGAAGUUAUAGAUGACUGCCUUGUUAAUCGGAAACCUUUUAAGCAAAGUGACUUCAACAAAAUAGUUCUCUUGAGAGUUGAAAUGCCUUUUGGCUUGGGAGAUGAACUUUAUCCUACGCUAUCUGAAGUUGCUGCCGACCGCUAUCCAGUGACUACUGUCAGCUCAUGAAAAGGAAGAUGAAGAUGAAGUUAAAGAAGAGGAAACGGACUCACCAACACAAAACUCUUCUUCGCACCGUAAAAUCAGGAUUAGGGUGACUCAAUCAAAAUAUCAAAGAGACUUUUAAGAAGAUAUGGUCACAUAGAAGACAAAUUUAAUAUUUCCUAAUAAACGAACGCAAAUAAUAAAAUGUAUUUAUUAGUUAGCUUUGAUUUUUGUACAUUAUCUAA